AUGAGACCCAGUUUGCAACGUUGCCGCCAUGUGGUCGACGUGAAAAUUUUUGCAGCGAGAAAGAGAGAGGAGAGCCACUCGACACGAAAAGUAUGUUACUCGAGUGGUGUAAACAGUUUCGCGAAUAUGCGUGUCAAAGUGGCGCCCGAGUGAAACGGGAGAUCGCACGCGGGGUGCCUUAAAUGGAAAUGCCCCUGGCUUGUCCUCGAUCUCUCGCCGUUCCUCUCGCCUUCUCUUUCAACACGUUUUCUCUCUCCCCCUCCGACGAUCCGUUUCGUCAUUUUCUGACCUUUCCCGUUUCACCCUUUUCCUUCUUAAUUAUCUUCCUCCCUCUCUUUCUAUAGGGAAUUUAUAUUUUUCUUCAUUUUAUCUCGAUGUUUAAAUUCUCUGAACUGACAGUAUAUUAGAUUUGUACCGCGCGAGUAUCAGAAGUAAAGAUUGUUUUUUAAAUAUAUUAUAUAUAUAUAUAUUAUUUAUAUAUUUUAUAAUAUAAUAUUUACUUUUAUAAUAUAUAUAUAUUUAUAUGCUAAGUGAGUAAUAGAUCUUCAUUUAUAAUGGCUUGCCUUUAAUGGGAUCUUAUUUAUAAUAUUAUCAUGAAUAAUGAUUAAAACAAUAGCUUGAUAGAUGUUGAAUAAAGCUACAUUCAAUUCAGAUUAAUUUAGAUAUUAAUUACAACGUCCAAUUCUGUCAUUAUUCAUAAUAUGGGUCGCUUAGCCCAUAACAUUGGCAAAGUAAUUGCAAAUUAAAAAUUAACAUGUUGCAUUGAUGCAACGUUAAUGCUUAAGUGAGUUUACCAGAUUGACAAUGAUCGUGUCGGUACGUACAAUUGCUUCGCACUGAUCGAUACUGAUCGAUGAGAAUUAUCUACAGCGCAAAUAACGCCUUGAUCUCUGCAAAUGAAAGACUCAAGUGUAUGGCGGGUUGCAUAUUUAGGAAACGUGUGCGCGUAUAUAAGCGAGAGUUCUCCAUUUGUUUCCGAUUGUUUCAUUCAUUCUCUAACACUGGUCGUCUAACGUUCUGACUUACGAUUAAUUUUGGUCGACGUAGUUAAUCAGAAGGAUACCUGGAGAUGCAGAUACAAGUGCAAUCAGUGUUCCUUCUAGGUGUGCUCUGUACGUCGUCACUUGCUCGAUCUUCUACCUAUAACAAGAACACAGCAGGUAAGUUUCACGUUCUUGCGUGAAGACAGUGCUUCGUUUCGGUGACAUUUGGUUAAUUUAUUAAAUGGAAAAUGAAUUUGAAUUACCAGUCUUUCAGACGUAUAUAACAAUCCCUUUAUACUUUAUCUCUUAUGUCGUUUCAUUUCUGAUAGAAAUAAAUUACUUUUACUAUCAAAAUUAAAUUAAAUUAUUUGUAGUGUGCUACAAAUCUAAUUGGAAUUUAUCUUGAUUAAUUUUUAACUUUGUGAAUCCCUCGGCAUAGAUGAUACGACUAUAAUAAUAAUAAGCAGAACUUGUUUCUGACUGAAAGAAUUGAUAGUGUACGCGUAUGGUGAUUGAAAAAAUUCAUAACACAGAUUUGUCUGCUAUCUGCGAGGAAAAAUUUUUCAUUUCGAACGGAUAUAAUUGACUUAUCUAUGCUGGACAUCCUCUAGGCGCUAUCGUUGAUCAUUUGCUUUAUCAUUGACAGAUUCUACAGAGCAUAUCUAUCACGGAACAGCCUCUUCAAUCGAAACGGUACACACAAGUGAAUGAACAUCCGCAGUCUAGUUGUAAGAUAACUGUACAACGUGACAGCGUUAAGCAAAAGAAAAUUUGCAUUUAGGUAACGCAGUCUUCGAAGUGUGUCGGAUUAAACAAUGAAGCGGGAUCCUGCGAGCAUUUGAGACGAUGCCUCUCUCAGGAGUACGAUUCAAAUUUUACGCUUGCUAUAGAUCACUUGUGCACGAUCGAUAACACCGAACGACGAUGGAAAACAAAAGAAGACGAUCUUCCGUAAUAUGAGCAGAAUCGUUUGGUCGGUAGACCACGGCUCGACAACGUCUCGACCUCGAAAUCCAGCAUUGAGAGGAUGCGGAACGACGUUGAAGAGUCGAAGCAGAUUAGUGGGCGGUAGACCGGCCGAUCCUACCGAAUGGCCCUGGAUGGUUGCUGUUCUUAGAGGAGAUCGAAUUCAGUACUGUGGCGGGGUUCUUAUCACCGACAGACACGUUUUAACUGCUGCUCACUGCGUUUACACAUUGAGACCACAAGACAUCAAAGUCAGACUCGGUGAAUACGAUUUCGAGGAGUCGGAAGAGACAAGGGCCCUGGAUUUCACGAUCACCGAAAUACGCGUGCAUCGAGACUACGAUCUCACCACGUACGUGAAUGACAUAGCGAUACUGAAAAUGUACCGACCUACCAUCUUCGACAGUUACAUCUGGCCUGUGUGCCUGCCACCGAUCGAUCAAACGUUCGAGCAAAAGGACGCGAUCGUAACAGGCUGGGGCACGCAAUAUUACGGAGGUCCUGCCAGUACGAUUCUGAUGGAAGUCGGGGUUCCAGUAUGGCCGCAAAACAAAUGCUCAAAUAGUUUCGUCCAACGAAUUCCAAACACCGUGAUGUGCGCCGGCGCUUACGAAGGCGGAGCUGAUGCUUGUCAGGGUGACUCUGGCGGACCGCUGUUACAUCAACUGGCGAACGGCAGAUGGGUAAACAUCGGGAUAGUGUCUUGGGGAAUUCGAUGCGGUGACCGUGGAAAACCUGGAAUAUACACGCGUGUCAAUUCGUAUCUUGACUGGAUAUUCGAGAAUGUUGUACUCUGAGCUUAUGAUUUACUUUACAGUUUGAUAUGAAAAAUAGAAUUGAGAGUCAAUAAAGAUAAACUUCAACCGAAGUCGGUUUUUACAAAUUUCAAUACGAUAUAAAUUCAUCUCUAACAAGAAUGAAAUGACGUCUAAAAAAAUUCUACAGAUUUUUUAAUGAAGAUGGAUUUGACGAUGAGUCACUUGCUAUUGUCCAGUUCCAUACUCUGAGGUUGGGUCGAAUUUCCUAAUACAAUACUGUCACCAUUGAGACUUGCGAUUAUUUAUCUAAAUAUUUG